UUUAAUACAUCGAAACUUCAGUCAACGUAGUCUGGGACACGUGCAAUCUGAUUGAAUUGAGUGUUAUUUGUUUUUACAUAAAUAUAUGAAUAAACAAUAGGACAUUUCUUAUUUCCUUUAGCUGUUGAGAAAUACUUACUGUCGUGUAUUUAUCUUAACAUAUCGUCAGUAAUAUUUAUACAAACUCCACUUGUUAUUUUCGUCGUCAAAUUAAGCUCCUGAAUUGCCUGCGUCCUAUAUUUAUCUUGGUAAAAGCUCAGCCAUAGGCGAGUUGGACUUGGAUUUAGCGUAUAGAUAAGCAUGUUUUCUCUCACUCGUGAAGCAAUGACGCCAGACAAGGCCUCGGUUACGACCACUGCAUUGGAGUGGAAGGGGAAGUUGAGUGGGCAACAGCGACCUCAGCGGCGCGCCGGUGGGCAGUUGAACCGGAUGCUUCCGCUGCGCAAUACAGCCCGGACACAAAAGAGGGGAAGGGCUUUAUGGCGAUAUUUAGAUCCGCCAGACAAGCUGUUAUCUGAGGGAAAAAUAAGUGAAUAACCCCUGCGGUAUACUGGGUCCGUGUUAAACACACCCUGAUUUAGUUUACAGCCUUAAAGUGCCAUUGCAUUCACUUGUGUGUCCUUUUUUUCUUUUGAAGGUUGCUGUCUGUGCUGUGUUUAAGUGCGCAUGGCCUUUAUUUAUCCACUAGCCUCUUUAUUUUGUUCUAAUGUCUCUAAUAUAUUUUCACCAAGCAUUAUCUGAUUAUGCACAGUGGUAGGCCCAAUGCUUUCCAGGUAGAUGAACGCCUAUCUUUUCAGUUAUUGGUGUGAGUUAUACCGUUUUUUUUCAGUAUGGGAAAACAGGCUGGAGUGGAUUAUUUAGCAGUAGUCAAUCGCCUGUGGCCUGUAAGGUGUUGGCCUAGCUUUCAGUUUUAUUCCACGGUAAUAAAUAGAACACGUCAUUCUGUGGGCUAUCCUAUCACGGUUCUCUAAAGCUAUGGUAGGGCAAGGUUCGAGAACAUGUCUGGGAAGUGUUACAACGUGUUACGCCGACAUUUCCUCUCUUCAUACUAGUUCAGAUUUUAUCAUCUUGUAUCCAGACUUAGGUUUGCUGUUGGUUUGUAUUGUAUUUGUUUGUCCAUUGUUGUUCGGUUUUUGAAAACGAGUUUUAUUUCUGCUUUCAAAUUUGAUUAGAACGUGAUCUAUGUGUCUGAAUGAUGAAAUAAACAACCCCAUGUUUAAACUAUCUAUUAAAUUAUCUAUUAAUUUGAUGUUUUUCUCUCGAGGUAUUUCACACUUUCGGCUUCUGUACAUUAUGCUGUAUUUGUUAGCGUAUUAUUUUCUACUUAAUAGUGUAUCAUUUUUUCAUUAGCCAUAGUGGCUUCCAUAAUUGGCACUGUAGCCUAUUGGCUGGUAGCCUAUUUGUAAUAGUGCUAAUGGUAAUUAUGGUUAGGGGCCUGUGUUUUGGUUGAUUAUGUCAUAUGACCUGGAUUUUAACAGAAGUGAGAAAUGAGAAAUUAGAAUUAGAACAAAAAUAAAAACAAUUGUCUGAGGAUGAUGCUGGACCAUCUGACAUAAAAAUAAAAGGGUCAAAUUUGAUAAUAUAUAUAUAUAUAUAUAUAUAUUUUACAUAAAGGUUCAAAUCCAGGUAAACCAAAACACGGUCUUAAUAAUGACAGUGGCCUCAUAAUAGGCGUAUAGAACUUCUAGUAAUACUCGGAUGCAAACAAUAUGUGUAGGCUAAUUCUUAGUAAUAUUGGUCAAGUAUUUGUACUUGAAAAAGAAGCCAGCUCGACGUGCACUACUAUGUGCAUACUAUUUUCUAUGACGAAUAUCCAUAAUUGUCGCUUAUUUUGUUGAAUCUUAAUUGUUUAAAUAUGCCACAAUUAGUCCUAUUUCCAUGUAGGUUAUUGAUUGAAUUAAUAUAUUUUCUGUAAUAGAACAUUGCUGUUUAAUUCCUCGGUUUAGUUUAAUAACCAGAAUGUAGGCUAUCCUGGAUAUUCAUGGCCAUAGAAUACAAUAUUAUACUAGAACAGUAAAAUGAUUCUUUACAUUUUUUUGUUUUUGUUUUAAGGCAGCAGUAAAUACAUUAACUUAACCGGGUAGACCUGCUACUAUGCCAACACACAUUUCUAUUCUAUUUAGACAUUUGUUUUCUAUAAAAAAAGAACUAUACGAAUUAAAACUUUUCCAUAUUUUGCUAUUGAAAAUAAUAUUACUUUUACUGAGAAAUUAUAUAUAUAUUUUUCCAAAUAGGCAAUAUAAUAACAAUGUCAUAGGAUGUUGAUGAAAUAACACAUUCAAGUAGUCAGAUAUUAUUCUCAGCAGGCUUGUGGUUCUAUUAAUCUUAUAUUAUAUUAGGUUAUUAUUGUAUAAUACCAAACUAAUAGCUUGCUAUAGCACACCUUUGAAAGCUUAUGUUUAAUGGGGCGUGAACGUAAAAGCUUUUCAUUUUGGAAUGUUUCCUGACAAUGAAAAUAUGAAAGGUUUGAACAUGGAAAGCUACCCAGAGCAUUAGUUGUAAGAAAGAAUAUCUGAAUAAUUGACGUUCCUUGGCGCCAUAGAAAUAAUGCAUUUUAUGACAUUUGGUAUCGUUAAUAAGCCCCAAUAUGGCGGCGUUAUCCUGGUUAUGUUCAGCUCCUGUAUGUUUUGUUGUGAGUAUUAUUGGUAAUGCUUAUUACCCUGUAACAUAUGUGUAAAUAUACUCGUUAAAUGUGUGUUUUGGGAGAAUUAUUUAUUGGAUUUGCUGACCUAUACUAAGUGGACAGAUACUUCCAAUGGUAUUUCAGUUUAGUCUACUCUCCCUUUCCAUAGCCCUACAUUUAUAUCAGCAGUAAUUGUAUAAAAUAAUAAUAAUUUGCUUUUAAAACUAGACAUUGUUACGUUUUAAGACAGAGACCCGCGAGCAUUUAAUAGCCAAAGGGAUUGAUUUAUCCUUUAUUGUUCAGCCUUUAUGAUCACGUGCGCUCGUCACCCAAUCGAAUGGCAGUCUUGCUUCCCAACUAUUAGUCGACUGUAGAUCUUUGUGGUGCCAAGUUGCUAUACUUGAUUUCUUCAGAUUGUUAUUUUGUAAAAGUCGGGUUUAGUGCGUGUGUAUGUGUGUGUGGUGUGUGUUGCACGCGUGUUUUUGUAUGUAUCUGUGUAUGUGUGGGUACAUGUGAAAGUCUCUUUUGUCAUGUCGACAUCUGGAACGUUGACUAGCUACUACGUCGACUCCCUCAUCUUGCCGGAGAACGAGGAGCUGUCCGCGCCCAGAUACACCUCCGGUCCGGGGGGGCUCCAGCAUGCGAGGCAGCUCACCUCGCUUACCGAUCACACCGAGCUUGGGCCCUGCACCUUCCCGACGAAAGCUCCGGUCUUCAGCCCGUCCUGGGGCCAUGUAUCGACCCAGUUUCCAGGUGCCGUGUCAUCCGUGUACCACCACCCGUAUGGGCAUCACCAAGGCCCGGCUCCAGGCGACUUGGAGGGUCGCUACAUGCAGUCCUGGCUGCUUGAGCCCAUUUCAGGGUCCUUGCCCUUGACCGGAAUACCAACGAGUCAUCAUUACGGGAUCAAACCGGAGAGCCUGGGCGCACGUGUGGACAGCGCGCUGCCUGGAUCCCAUACCGCACUGCUCCUGUCCGACUUCACCAACCGGACAGUUGUGACAGCGUCCCCGGUGGACAAGAACACACUACCUGGCCAGACCGCAAACCUGAACGGGGAGAUAGAGGAGAAACCGGCCCUCGAUCCAAAUAACCCGGUAUCUAACUGGCUCCACGCAAGCGCCACGAGAAAAAAGCGCUGUCCAUACUCCAAGCACCAGAUCCUCGAGCUGGAGAAAGAGUUCCUCUUUAACACGUACCUCACGCGGGACCGUAGGUUCGAGGUCGCGAGGCAGCUCAACCUUACCGAGAGACAGGUCAAAAUCUGGUUUCAGAACCGCAGAAUGAAGAUGAAGAAAUGUAAUAAAGAUUGUGGACCAAAAAAUGAUUUAUAGUUACCUAUGACUCAUUGAACGAGAACGUAAAAAAUAUCACAAAAAAAGGGAUAUCUGUGAAAAUACUGUCUUUUUUAGAAGUCGCCUUAUUGUUUUAUUCCAAACAGAAGCUGUUAUGUGUCUUGUAAAAAGCAUGUCCGGCUCUACUCGUCGGUUUGAUGCAACUACCUUUAUAUUGCACAAUUUAACAGUGCGCAUAAUUUGUUGUUAUUGUUAUUAUGAUGUUAAUUAAUUAAGGCCUCGGCUGCAAGUGUCAUUGUGUAACACGAGUAUUAGUAGGCCUGUUCUCUGUGCUCAUUUGUGUAUGGAUGUUUGUAGCUAUGUGUGUGUUCUCUGGUUUGUAGAUAUUUGUAUUUCCGGUUCAACUGAAUUUAGUUUUAAAUGUGAUUAAGUUUUUGUUGUUGUUGUCAUUAUUUCAGUUACUGGUAACGUUGAUUCAUGAUCUAACGUUGGAGCGAUAGACUAACGUCUGGCUGCUAACGUCUGGCUGCUAAGCUGCUAACGUCUGGCUGCUAAACGUGAUGGUAGCAUUUUGAAGGGGGUGCAUGAGUAUCAAAAGCCUUUUUAAAAUGCAUAUAGGCCUAUUGAUACUAUUCAUAGAAGGUACAUAACUACCUAGACGUCUCUCAACUACCUAUAAUUGCAAGACCUAUAAUUGCAAGAGCCUAUUUCAUUUUUACCUGACUCCGUUGUGAAGAAACAUAACGCUUGUAUAGGAAACUAUGUCUGAAUUUCAGGGAGUAACAUUUAGAGGACAUAUUGGUUAGGAAGAGAGAGAGAGGACAUUUUAAAAACACUGUAGGCUACGUAAUGAAUACCUCAUGGUCUGGAGACGUUCGGAUGUUCGGUUCUCAAAUGUAAUUUGUACUUUAUUUAUUGAAUAAAACAAAUUAUAUCUGCGAAUGCAGCCACAUUGAAUUAUUAUCAUUUGUUGUGCUUUUACAUUUCACUGUAAUC